AGUUUCAUUUUUAGUUCCUGUUCAUCCACCAACCAUGAGUGACCCAACAAGUGACCAACUCCAGAGAAUGGUUUCUGUGAUGAAAAUACAGAGUUGGACGCAGUUAACAGUUUCAUGUUUCGUUCCUGUUCAUCCACCAACCAUGAGUGACCCAACAAGUGACCAACUCCAGAGAAUGGUUUCUCUAAACCUGAAAAUACAGAGUUUGACACAGUGGGACAUCUACAGAGAUGUUCAAUAUUCACAAAGAACAAGGAUCUCCAAAGAAAAGCUGAUGAAGCUCGCAGAGAGAAAUUGUUCAAAUCCAGUCGUUUUGAAGUGGCUGAGAGAAAACUCCUUCACCAAACUGGUGGAGAUGUUCAACUUCUUUAAAAAGCACAUAGAUGAGGAAGAGAAGAAGAACCACAGUGACACUGUGGACAUCACUUUUGUGGCUCAUGGAGCAAUCAGAGACUUUAUGAUCCCAGCCAGCUGUCUGCUGCCUCUGGCCUCCAUCAGAGACGUGGUUCUUUAUGCUCCCUGGAACUGUGUCUCCGCAGGUGCAGAGCUAACAUACGCCAUCGCCACGGGACGACUGAAGCCUCAGCACAGAGUCUUCUACUGCUACAAGAAGGAUGGAUGUUCAGUUCCUGAUUAUAAACAUCGACCUGUUAAACUACCGGACCGCUGGAACUCAAUGAAACAGGCUGGAGACCAGAUGAUCCCAAACAUCACAGUUAGUCCUCUAAGUCCAGACGAUGGUGUUUGGAAGAACUUUGAGUUUCUCACCAAACUAUACGGCCCUGUUGGGAGAAACCGGAUCGUCAUUCCCUUCAUUCUCCCAGGAAAAGAAUCAGACAGCGUCCCGUUCUCUGUGGUCACCUUGGCUCUGUCUCUGGUUCUGCUGCAGUCCAGGUUCAAAGCCACCGUCCACCUGGACGCCUGUCUGACUGACCACUCUAUUGGACAGAAGCUUGACAGAAAAUAUCUGGAGAGGCAGUACGCCUACGCUGUUGAUGGCACUGGAAUGAUGACAUCUUCAUCAUUAUGACAUCUUAUGACAUCUUCAGUGUAUUGUGGAUAGAAAAGAUUAUGAAUAUGUUAUAUUAGCAGUUUAUUUUGGUAAAAAUGUGUUCUGCCAAUCUAAAUGUGUAAAUUAUAAUAUCUACAUGAAGCUCCUCCCUCAGGUACCAGAUUUCUGGGUUUUAUAGUUAUUAGUUUGUAUUAAAAUUACAUCAAAUGUUCUCAUAUUAUAUAUGUAUAUACCAUAUAACUGUAUAUACCAAGACAACUGGAGUACUAGAAAAUGUUGGUUUAUUGGUUUCACAUCCUGCUUUCACACAUCACAGCUAAAUGGUAAUGCUGCAGAAAACCAUUUUCUUCCAAUCCACAGCUGGUCAGCCCAAUUCUGAUGUUAGAAAGUCAACAGACUCUCAUGUGAUUCUGUGUUGAAUCUUAUAAGACAACUGUUUGUGAUUUUCUAAUAGUUUGUAAACCAGUCACACAUUUGGGAAAGGGAGGGACUUUGUGCCACUAUAUAUA